CUGCAAGGGCAAGAGUACUCUAAAUAACUAUAUUAAAACAACAUGAGAGGGUUUCGUACCGAGGUAUCUUGCACGGCCUGCCUGCACAACGAUUGGAAAUAUACCUGUACAUACUGAGUAUGUAUUAGUCGGCGUCUGAUAUCAGGAAACAUGGAGCUUAUUAUCUCGAUUCACCUCCACACAAUGAAUAGGCAUCAUUGUUUCGGAUCGUACGUGCUAAAUACAUCUAUCAUUCAGCGCCCACCAACCGCGUUAUAACCACUCGAAAAACAUGAUGGGCAAGCUUGAACGUCAAAUGACGGAAUCUUUCAGUCACAAAGUAAUAAAUAAAAAGACGAAAUGUGUUAGGGUGACAUCCACCUCUCUUCCUAUCUGGUGGUGAUGACCAUACCCGCAUAAAGUAGGCGGGGCUUAGCAGCGACCCAGUCCCGGAUAGGGUUCGAGUCGGGGGUCAAGAGGAGACGGUCCAGGGGACGCUCUUACUCGCAAGGUGAACCCAAGGCCCUUCGGACCGACCGAGAACUCCCUGACGAAGCGACAUUGUGACAUUUUCUUUGUCUGCACCUGGGCCCCUGCACUGUAUGACUACCUUCAGAAUGGCUCUUGCAGGAAUAUCCUCCCAGAAUAUUGAUGGGAAGCAGACACAAAAGAUACUAGAUAAAAAGAUGAACAAGGCAAAGAGGGAAUUGGUGAAGCUGCAACAGUCUUAUGAUGCAGCUGUUGAUGAUAUCCAGAAGCACUACAGUAAUGCUUCUGCUGCAUUGACAGCUAUAAAAGAAGAAGCACUGAAGGCCCUGGAUACAUACAUGCUGGAGUAUCAGAAGAGACUCAGAAAAGAAAUGGAGACCAUGAGAGAACUUCAAGAAAGUCUCUCAUCAUAUGUACUAAAUGACAAGAUGCACAAAGAUAGUCUCAGUGAGGAUGACUCCAUGGGCAUGACAAGCAGCCAUGACCAGGCAGUUGCCCGUAUCAUAGAGAUCUAUGUUGAGACGGUCCCAAGCUUCAGAUUUCUGGGUAAUGAAGCAUUCCUUUUUCAAGUGAUUAAUGGAAGUUUCCUUCCAUACUUUGGCUGUAUUACAGUGGAUAACAAACUGUUGGCAACAGAUCUGCAUCUGCUUGGCACUGUGGACCCAUUUAAUUUAUGUUACACUUUCAGGAUUGAUGUGCCAAAUGGAGUCUUAGAAAUUGAAGAUCUGGAAUCCAAAAUCAAGUGUCAGCUUUAUGAAAAGGAGAGGGGAGGUUCAGUGUCUCUCACUCCAGUUUGGGUCACUGAUCAUUUUGAAAUAAAGAUGGGUUUUCCAAAAAAGACUGCAUUCUGCUUAGGUGUGUACUUCUUGGAGCAGCAUAUAACUGGUAGCCCAGUAAAUUAUAACUUGGAUAGUGGCACACUACAAACAGCUAACUCAGACAUGAAGGAUAUGGAAGUUGUUAAACCAUCAGCCAAGAGAACCCUUGGGAUGCCUGAUUCUCUUAUUGAAGCAGCCCUACAUGAAGUCAACACCAGUAUUGACACCAACAACAAUAGCAGCAGUAUCAACAACAAUGACAACAGCAAGAGCAGCAAAAAUAAUACAGAUAUUUCAGAAACAAAUCUUCUGAUCUCUGGGAGAACAUGCAAGAUUUCAAAGCGGACAAGACUGCCAUUUUGUCCAACUACUAUCAAAUCUGUACAGCCCCUUUUUGAGGUGCCCAAAGCUUCUCACAAGGAGAGUGUAACAAGCACACAAGAUUCAGGAGUGUCAUGCAGUUCUCCUGUUAGCCAAGAAGAAAUAGUCACUCAGACUCAGGAAAAACAAGGUGUUCAGCCAGUCAUUAAGUAUGAGAUAAGACCACGUGCAAGACCACUUCCUUGUGCUGAGGAGGAACCUUGUUGCAUACCAGUUCAUAAAGUUGACCCAAAAUGUUGUCUUAAUCCAGUUGCUAAGUAUAGAGAACAAAAAGGAUCAGAAAAGAAGCAAAGCACACUGGAGCAACCAAUUGAGACCACCACUGAUUGUUUUGGGGAACAUGAAAACUUAAGUAGAAAGAUUUGCUUUCCAAACAAAUUCAUAAGUCACACUUUUCAUCCAGGUGUAUGCCGUAACAAACCUAGGCGUAAAGGUGCCAGCGAUGAAGACUUUGCUAGAGUUUUGGCACGGCUUACUAAGUCCUCGUGGAGAAAACAAGCUGAUUCUGAGACGGAUGAGGAUGUGCUUGUGGAGGAGGAAGUUUCUUGCUAUGGGAAAGACAUCCCAUUCCCAGAGGAAGAGUUAGUCAAGCAGGACAGCCUUAAUGGUGAAGACAUGCUUGAAGGACAUGCCCCUGGGAACCUUAUGAUCAACACAAUGGCAUUCAAUGCAGUUGAAGCAAAACUGUCUUGUGUAACUUCCAUUGAAGCCCCAUUUAAUUUGAAUCGGCCAGUUGGGGUCUUGGAACACUCCAGUGGGAACAUCAUAGUGUCGGACACCUUCAAUGACCGUGUGCUGAUCCUGAACAAUGAUGGAGCUCCCAUUGGCCUUGCAGGGCCCUCCAUGGGAUUUCGACGGCCAUCAUCUGUAGUUGAACUUUGGGAUGGAUCUUUUGCUGUGAUUUGUAGUAACUUCAUAGCUGUGUUUGAUGCUGAAGGAACUUACACAAAGAUACUUGGGAAAAAUCUCUUACAAAAGCCAUAUGGAUUGAGUUUGACUGAGGAUGGAAAGCUGUUGACAGUGGAAACUGCUUACCUUGGCUGUUUAAUCAUUGUUACCAUCUGCCCUGAGUUGAAAUUGGAGCUAUCAAGAUUGAGAGUGCCCCUACAGCUGCCUACCAAUCAAGAGGUUCUCAGCAAGCCCAGAUUUACAGCAAGUUACAAGGAUAAGAUCUAUGUGGGAGAUCUAGGAUUGAACUGUAUCUAUGAAGUCAACUACACAAGUGGAUGUUUGCUGAGUAUAUUUGGCAGCACAGGGAGUGAACCUGGAUGUCUAAUAGAUCCUUCAGGGAUUACUUGUGACCCAAAUGGUAACAUUUUUGUUGCUGACAGCCGAAAUCAUCGGAUCCAGGUGUUUGAUGACUGCAAGAGAUUCAUAUGCAUCAUAGAUGUAGACUACCCUCUCAACCGACCCUCAGGAAUAUAUUUGGCGCGCAGUGACCACCUGCUUGUGCUCAACUAUUGGGAAAACUCUGUCGCAAAAUAUCAGUUAACUUAUAAAUUCAUGUAAGUGAACUGAAGAAACAGUAUGCUGAUGGGUGGUAAAAAUGUAUCCUAUGUUCUUUUAUUUUAGAGUCAUUACAUAAAGAAAAUAUUUUUUGUAACAUAUUCAAAUAGAACAAUUUUCAUUCUAAAACUUGAACGAAUCUCGACUUAGAGAAUGAAUGUGUUCAUGAUUGGUCCACACCCAAGUAUGAAAAAAUCAGUAUGUUAAGAGUGAUCAGCUAGUUUAGUCAUGUAGUAUUUUUUGCAUUAGUUGAGUCUAUUUUGCCCAAGGACUUUAUGCUGGUAGAAUUGAACAAAUAGUAGAUAUCAAAAUAUUAGAAAAUAUCAAUCAGACACUCAUCAUUUAUUAAGUUCCUUCCUUUAGAUAUGUACUAGUAAGUAGGAUAUUAAUCCUGUAGCAUUAUUUGCACUAAUUAAGUUUGCAUUGCCAAAGGCCUUUUUGCUGAUGGGAUUGAAUAAUUAGUAGAAAUCAAAAUGUUAUAGAGGUGCUUUAGUUGAGUUUGUUAUGCACAAGAUCUUUAUACUGGUAGAAUUGAAUAAAUAGUAGAAAUCAAAAUGUUAGAAAAUAUCAAUCAGACACUUAUCAUUGUCAAGUUCCUUCCUUUAGAUAUGUAAGCAGGAUAUUAGAUCUGUAACAUCUUUUGCACUAAUUAAGUUUGUGUUGCCAAAGGCCUUUAUGCUGAUGGAAUUAAAUAAUUAGUAGAAAUCAAAAUGUUAUGGAAAAUAUUAGUCAAAUACUCAUAAUUUAUUAAGUGCCUUCCUUUAGACAUGUAAGUAGGAAAGUUAUUUGAGUCAACAGACUUGGGUCAAAGAAUAAACCUAGUAUAUUUUUAUAGUUUGUAAGCUUAACAUUGUAUUGUUCUGCUUAGGUUUACGUAUGUUUGUCAGGUAUUUCUGGCAUGAUAUUUCUACUUAGCAUUACUUUUAUUUUCUUUUUAUUUUCAAUAUAUCUUGAAAAGUACAUGUUACUUAAUGAAAAAAAAUUUGUGCCAUGAAUCAUAUUGUAAAAUUUGUUUAAUAGGAUUUAGGUAUUCUUGCAACACGUCUUUACUUGGAGUGUAUCUCAUCCUUGUGUACAAAUUAGUCCAGCCAGUCAUUUGUAUCUCAGGAAUACAUUGGAUGUAUAGAGUUUUUGCACAUAAAGAAUUCAAACUAUAUAUUUUCUCCAUAAUAUUUUAUUUAUAUCAAUAUACUAUGCUGACAUCCCUAAAACAGAAUAGAGAUGGAACACACACACACACACAAGUAGAAUCAGAAAAUCACAUGUGAAUAAUUGAGUGCAUACAUUUUUAGGAAAUAUGAGAAUGGCUUCCACAUAUGUAUGUCAGUGAAGAGAUAGUAAAGAAAAUAGUAUCCUUUAUAAAACCCACAUUGAAAAUGUGAAGCAGAAGUAUUUGUAGAUUGAAAGAAAAUAAGAAGCAUAAGCAAGAUAGUAUGAAGGCUCUAUAGUUGAAGCUCAGAGGAAAAAUUGUAGAAGUUAUGAAACAUGAAAGAUGAAACAGGAGAAAGGAUAAUGAUGUCCAAGUUGUAAUAAGACAAAAAUAAAUAAAUGAAUAAAAAUA